UCAGUAACUUCUCUAGUGGCAGCAACGGAUUUGCUUCGGUUCGCGAUUGAAUCUCUGAAAAGAAAAGAAUUGGCAGUGUUUCCCAGCUCUAUAAGUGAGACGUCGUCGGGUUUAUCGAGCGUGUAAUUUGUGCUCCGUUCGCGAGAUUUAUGAUCGACGGCACCCGCCCAGUGACAGCCUAAAUGUCUGGACCCCGUACCCCUCGAUUCCGGCAUCUCCGCUGGGUUGCCUGUCUACUAGCCACCCUCUGGUUCUCCGUCAGCCAGGCUCAAUUGCCGGGAACUGGAUUCCAAGGACAACGGCCGCAGGUUCCUCCCUUACAACCGUUGCAACAGCAAGCCAAUCCCUUCCAGCGCCGCCAACCCAAUCCCGUUCAGGGUCAAGGACUAUUCCCGGGACAGCGAAAUCCCUUGAACCCACUGGCUCCUCCGCUAACUGGGGCUGCCCUCCAGAAUCCCUAUACCCGCUAUAAUCAGUACCAACAGCAGAACUACGUACCCAUCACUGCCUACCAAAACGAACUCAAUCUGGAUGGUAGCUUCUCCUACGGAUAUUCAUCGGCCGAUGGAACCACAGCCCAGGCUCAGGGUUAUGUUAAGAACUUGGGAUACGGCGAGGGUGUCGAGGCACAGGUGAUUCAGGGCUCCUACUCGUACACCUCACCAGAGGGCACUUCCAUAACAGUGCGCUACAUAGCCGACGAGAACGGAUUCCGUGCGGAGGGUACGGGGAUACCAGCUUCACCGCAAUAUUUCACGGGUGCUCAACCUUACCAACAGGGCUUACUCAAUCCCAAUUUAAAUCCAUAUCAGACACCCUUCCGUCAACUGCCGCCACCCCUGCCCAAUGCCCCCUUUCGUCCUCAGAUUCCCGGACAACAGCCGUUGACUCCGCUGCAACAGCAGCAGCAACAACAACAGCAACGCAAUUUCCAGCAACAGCAACAGCAACCAAACUCCGGGCAAUAUCAGCCAAAUCAGCCUUUUAAUCAACUGCAUUCCGGUAAUUUACCCGGCCAAUAUGCCGGACAAUUUGGCCAGCAAUCUUUUGGUAGUAAUCUAACAGCGCAAAAGGCACAACAGCAACAGAAUCUCAACCAGCAACAGCAGCAGCAACAGCAACAACAGCAGCAGCAACAACAGAAAGAGCAACAAAAUGAGCAGCAGCAACAGGCCCUGAUCACCCAGCAAUUGAGGGGCAGACCCAAUAACCUCGUUGAUCCCUAUGGCUAUAACCAGUAUGGCAGACGUUUCAAGAAGUCCCCAAAGAAAUAAUGGAUAAAACUAAUGUAAUUGAAACGAUUAGUUAGUCUUAACAUGUAGUCGCAACUCAAGGCAUGAAAUACAUGCACCUGAAAAGUCAA